UGGGACCCUUUUAAAAGCAUGCUUAAAUCAAUUUGUUUGGAAAAGCAUCAUCAUCCAACAAUGCAUUUCAAAGCUACCCCUUUCUUCAUAAUCUUCUUGCUUGUAUGUGUUUCUUUUACCAGGAAAUAACAACAACCCAACAUGAGCUUCACACUCGUAUGUUUGGUUCUCAGUUUGUACUUAUGUUUUUUUUCAUAUGUUCAUAGCUUAGACAGCUUUUCCAAUGGUUCCUUGGAUACAUUUCUUCAGGAUUUUGCUUUCAGAGCAUUGGUUAUUAGGCACAGUCCUCAUACUGGAGCUUUAUACAAAGCCAAUCUUCCGGUUAAUCUUUCAGGCAUGGGCGUUUCCAUUGCACGAAUCCGAAGCCGGACGUUGUGGAAGAAAGGGGCUAAUUUUAGUUGUUUUCGUAUCCCAUCACGGACUUUUCUGGUUCCUCACGUCCGAAGGGUCGCGAUAGUCUACGAGACCCUCGGCAACUGGUCUUCAUACUACUACAGAGUUCAAGGUUACUCAAUGAUUGCUCCCGUCAUCGGUUUUAUGGUUUUCGAUGCGUCGAAUGCUAGAGCUAAAAGCUUAAAAAGUAUCAACCUUGACACAAUGGGGAAGCCUAUAUCAAUCCAUUUUCCCAACCUGAAAUACCCUGAUUCAGCAAGAUGUACAGCUUUCAACAGUAAUGGGACAGUUGAUUUCAGUCCCAUAAUGUUUUCCAAUGUGUGUUACACUUCAAACCAAGGCCAUUUUUCUGUACUUGUUCCACUAAAGAGGGAAAAAAGGCCAUGGUAUCCAUGGGUGAUAGGUGUUGUGCUUGGAUUUGGUAUGCUGGUUUUUUCAGGUUACUUUGGUUUGGUAUUACUUAAGGUUUUGAAGACCAAAAGGGUUCAAGCAAUGGAAAGACAAGCUGAUGAAGGUGAAAUUCUUGAUAGCAGAUGGGUGAAUUGCAGUAAAAUGCCAUCUGCAACAGUAACUAGAACUCAACCUGUCCUUGAGAAUGGUGUGUUCCCACAGUAAUUACAUUUGUCAUUUUUAUGUAUAUCUUGUUUCUUUUUCUUCUUUGGCCUUGGAGAUUAUGCAUAGCAGGAUAACUAAAAAUCUUUUUACUGUUUACAUAAAAUUAAAUCAGAAUAGUGACUUGGUUUUCUCGUUUCUAAA